GUCUCUCGCUCCCUUCCUGCUGCAUCACAACAGCCGUUAGUAGCUCGAGUAGUGACCGGGGGGGACAGGAUAUCCACAGACAAUUCAUUGAUAAAACAACUCUUAUUGACGCUGCAACAACAUCCUAACACGGGGGUAACAGACAGGACCUGGUUGCAGUGAGAUAACCCCGCUCCUCCAGCUGUUGGGAGAUGGCCAGGCCGGAACAGGUUCUGCUCUUGGAGCCUCAGCACGAACUGAAAUUCAGAGGUCCAUUCUCAGACGUGGUCACCACAAAUCUCAAGCUCUCCAACCCUACAGACAGAAAUGUGUGUUUCAAGGUGAAGACGACAGCGCCGCGCCGUUACUGCGUGCGGCCGAACAGCGGAAUCCUCGAUGCAGGCACAUCAAUCAACGUCUCAGUUAUGCUGCAGCCAUUUGACUAUGAUCCCAAUGAGAAGAGCAAACACAAGUUCAUGGUGCAGUCCGUGCUAGCACCUCCUGACAUGACCGACAUGGAGGGAGUGUGGAAGGAGGCUAAGCCAGAUGAGCUGAUGGACUCCAAGCUGAGAUGUGUUUUUGACAUGCCAGUGGAGAAUGAAAAAACACAUGACAUGGAGUCCAACAAGAUGAUGUCGUCCAGCUUGCUGAAGUCGGACUCCUCCACGCUGCCUCCAAAAUCAAUGAGCUCCACCUUCGAUGACGGGGAGGUAAAGAAGAUCAUGGAGGAGUGCAAGAGGCUGCAGAUGGAGGCUCAGAGGCUACGGGAAGAAAACAAACAGAUCAGGGAGGACGAUGGUCUGCGGAUGAGGAAGAGUAACGUGAUGUCAUCCCAGCACACCUCAAUUGGCAUGAAGAAAGACGAGGGGUUGAGCGCCCGCACAAUGGCCCUCAUCGUGCUCUUCUUUGUGGUGGGCGUCAUCGUGGGCAAGUUGGUCUUGUAGAUGGCAGCAGUUCGGUCGGGCCGCAGCAUGCUUUCAGGGGGAAGAAAUCAAACACGGGAUCUGGGAUUUUGGAUCAGAAAUGCCAUAUCCACUGGGUGGGGGGUGGUACUAGUUUUGAUUCAGUCUCAUUUAUGUAACAUUUUAAAAGGUAAUGUAUGAGAAAAUAAAGGAGAGAAAAAAACCAUUCAUCAUCUAAAGAACAAACCAACUGUUACAGGUCUUGCCUCUACGUAAACAUCACAUAGUCAUUCUGGCCCUCUUUCCCAAAGUUUCAUGUAUACAGAUGACUGUGGGGGGGGGAGUAAUGGAAACAUGAUUUAAUGCAAGUGAUCAAGACCAGUUUUCUAACACCGGCGAGGUAGUGUUGCUGCGACUGAGUCAGUUUGAAAGUGUGUGAAUGUCAUUUUAGUGUAUUGUUGUUUCUUUUUCUAAAUGACGGAGGCCAGAGCCGAUGUAUAUGUAUACGUAACCGCCCCACACACACACACACACUGCACACUGCACACUAUAUCCAGGUGUCCCUUCCAGCUAAAACUCCUUUAAGGAAGGGAUUUUCCAGAGGAAUGAUCCACACCCAGGGCUAUCAAACUGACUCCUGCAAUCACAGGCUUUGUCAAAUCGGCUCGUCUUUGAUUGUCGAACAACUUUGAUCAGUGAACACUAUUCGUAUUUUCUUUCCUCGUGUUGUUUAUUAUUUUCACUCCUACCUUUAUUCCCGUUGACUGUCACUCACUGCUCACCACACCCCCGGUUGUCAGAAGGGGGGAUGUUUGAUUGCAUGCGUUCACACACAGAGUUGCAUCUGGACUUUUUGAAUCUAAUUUAAUUGCUUUUAUAAUGGUGAUUUAUAAUAUGUCAUUUGGCUGUAGGUUUGCACAACUUCAUUUUCAGAGUUUCUUUCUGUCUUUGUUGGAUUUUUAUGAUUAAUUAUUUUAUUGUUAGGGUGAAAGCUUUUAAGGAUAUUGCAGCUACAAAGAUGAACUUCAGAUUUGUAGGACGAUUUCUGUACAUGUUAAACAGAUAAACGGCUUGCCUUGUGACCUAUUUGGGCAAGUUAUUCUCAGGCCAAGACGAAGGUAUAUACAGUACAUAAAUAUACAUAUACAUAUAUAUAUAUAUAGAAAUACACACACACAGAGAAAGCAUGCAUACAUAUAAUAAGAGUGGACAGGAGGUGCAUGUGACUGUUAUGUGUUUCCCUUACAGCAUCAACAACACCAAGGUCCUGUUUCAGUGUCCUCUCAAAGAGACCUUGGUCUUUUCCAGCUCUUUUUUGUUUUCUCACAUUUUCCUACCGAGCCAUACAUUUGUUGACGUUCUGUUUUGUUUGGGGCAAAUGUAUGUCAGAGAUCAACUGAGUGUUUCCAGUUUCUUUGCUGCUGGUGAUUUUUGUGUGAUUUUCUUUCCACUCCACUGCAGGCCUGUGUUUAGUUUGUUGGUGUUUGUUCAGCAUUUAUCCGUUGCUUAUUAAUGUUAUACCCUCACUGCAUUUGAAGUCAUAUUCAUUUUUAAUGCACUAAGAUUAAGAGUGUCUCUCCUUUGAUCUUCCUGCAGCAUAACAUUUGAUUUUCUUCUCAAGCCAGAGGAAGGGGGGGGCAUACAUCCUAGCUUAUAUCCUUGAGGGGACCACAUGAUCACAUUGUACUGUUCUAGAGCCGAUGGUUAUGUCUUGGUCAAAAAUAAACCGAAACAUACGUUCACAUUUUUUCAUCUCCAAAUUUGCAUGAGGGGGGAAAAGGCAAUGGAGAGUGUAGAAGAAAUAAAGAGCAGUUCCCUCUGUAUCCACAUGAGAUUCAGAAUGCAUUACCCUUUCUUUAAGUGAAAGAAAAAUACAUAACACCACCAUAUUUUCAUUUUAGGUGGAGGGGGAUAUGAUGGAUAUGAUUGUGAAGUAAAAGGUUAAAAUAUACAUGAGCUUGUGUUUCUACUGUAUCUCUGUAAAGUUGUUGGGUUGAGGAUUACUUGCUGCUUAGAGGGAGGGCAGACAGACCUGAUCUACAGUCCCAUCUGGGGUUAUCAGACCUGGGUCAUAUAGUACUGACAGAUAAUUCUUCUAGUUCUUUGAAUCCUGGUUGGAGUUUCAGAACAUUUUACAGUACCAUAAUAUACUGUCAUUAGAAUUAUAUUAAGCACUCCAGUUAGGAUCAAACAAACAAUAACAAUUACAUGUCAAUACUAAUUGAUCCAGGCCCGGUUGUAAAACACACUACACUGACCUGGAGUCUCUGACCAUCACCGUGAUCAAUGUAAGCAGUCGGCAAACUGUUUUGUAUGUAUAUAAAUAAAUAAAUAAGUCUAUCUGAGAAGAAGAUUCAUAUUACUAGUUCAAGUAGUCUCUCUGGUGUAUAAAAAAGACCCAACCUGGUUGGACUAUGUAGCAUCUUAAUAAAUUAAAUGAAUAAAUCCCCUA